UGCUCUUUGCUCAGUUUGAAGAUAGACUAGAAUAAAGAGGAAAACGAACAGAUCCGCUCCAAUCCAUCAUGCAAGCAGCAGCCUCUGAAUAGGAAGCGCUGCGGUACACUUGCAAAUUGUGAUGCAUUUACUGUACCUGAAACAGACUGUUAUUUUUUGCACGGUGUUGCAGAAGGAGAAAUGUGUUUUUGUAGCAAUGGCAGUCCCGGGAGAAGAAGUGGUUAAUAUGAAGAGCUCAGUUGUGGCGUCUUUUAAACGUGAGUUUUUUCUAUUUGUACUCCAAUGCAGUGAUCAAGAACAACUAGUUACUGGUGAAGGAAGAUUCUCUAUCUGCAACCUUCUAAGCACUUGAGGCCAUCUACCUCCUAUAUCCAAGUCUUUUCUUCACUGUAUUUAUGGUUCACAAUACUGCUUGGGGUGUGUAGAAGUUUUAUAUUUUCCGUAAGACUUGGGCCUCCAUGGAUAUUUUGGCCCUCCCUUUUGGAAAAAUGCUGGUUCUGGGAGCCAUCUCUGCUGCCUCAGCCUUCAUAGUAACCAUGCUCCUUGUGCUAGUGUGUGUGGGGUGUCGCAAGAAAACCAAAAGUAAACACAAUCAUUCUAGUGUGGAGAGCCAAAAGAGGGACAGGGGUGUUCUUCAACAGUCCAAGAUAAAAUCCAUGAGUAAAUCUGACACACGCCUGCAUGAGAUGUGCCGACUGCCCUACACUGUAAAUGGUGUCCCUACAGUUCGGCCAGCCAGCAUGGACCUACUACUGCUGCAGAGUCACGACUCAACCUUUGACCUUCACCCUCCAAUCCAAAACUGCCACCUGCCCCACACCCCCACUGGCCCUGAGAGUGAGAAACAUGAGAAUCUCUUUCCAGAGGAUGAUGGACUGUAUGAAAGAGUUGGUGUGUUCAGAGCUCCCCCACCAGCUCCACUUCUGAAUUCCUUAAAAAGUCAAACAAUUUCUGAGAACAGAGAAAGAGCAGGAGGUGAACUGGAGGGUAGCAGGCUGAAUGAGGCCCAGCAAGCAGAAGUUAUGCCUGAAUAUGCCUCUGUCAGGAAGGUGAGAAAGCUGGAGCAAGGAAGGAGAAAGGAAGAGGAGGAAAAUACAUCAUUAGAGUCAUCCAACCGAGCUUUUCACGUUAAAGAAAUGGAGCCCUCUCACAUACCCAACUUCUCUAAGGUUCACUCUCUACCACCUCGACCGAUCCGGUAUAAAAUUCUGGAGGCAAUGCCCAUGGGUAAUGGAGAGGAGUACAUAUGGAAGCCUCCGGAAGAUAGCAAUAUUGUCGUCUGGAAGGGUCUGUUGUUGGAGAAUGGCCACGUCAUUGCUAGCAAAACAGAGAUCACUGAAACAUACUCCACCAUAUGUAAACCCUUGAAGAAGAAACUUGUGAGGUCAACACAGCAGAUAAGUGAGGAAAUAGAAUGUGGAGAAGAGAGUUCUAUGGGACCAAUUUCAAUGCCAUCAGAGGAGCACUGCUAUGAGCCAGUGAGAGAGAAUGCUUGGUCUAAAGUGCUUGAUUCGGACCCGCCCUAUGCCACCAUUAAUCCCAUGCAGAAAAGAGAGAUGCUGUGCAGCAGUACAGUGAAGCCAAAUAUGUCUUGUGGGCCUAUGCAGGGACCAGAAAAGACCAUGAAUUGCGAGAAUUUUUAUGAGAGCAUUGGAGAUGUGAAGCACGGCACCAACACCAGCAGCAGCACAACUAUCUUCACCUUUAAUGAUGGCAUGGAGAUGUAUAUCACAGGGCUAUAGAUAAGCAAAGCAUCAAAUCUUGCUUUUCUGCAAUGGGCUAAUGAACAGGCUCAUCAAGAACUCACCAGAUCUUUUUCUACCAUUAGUCAUCUUUAUUCACUCUUUUGCACCAAUUUAGGGUAUUUUAUUUCUAAUGGGUAUUUGUGUUGUAUGCAAAUUUUUAGAUGAUAUAGAUUGAUGUAUAUGUAUCUAUUGGGGUUUUCUACAGACCUAAAAGUUAUAAAGGUAAUAAAAAAUACAGUCGUCCCUGAAUUUAUCGCGGUUCGAAACUCGCGGUCCCACUUAAUCGCGGUUCUCAAUUUGGCACAGAACUAAUUUGUUUCAUGAAUGGUCCCGAAUUCAGGUCAUCAUAAGAAAUGAGUAGCAAGAAACCUAGGUUUCCGCUUAUUUAUUGGUUGUAGUAGCCUCUGACGUAAAAAAAAAGGUGGAGUUAAAGACAUAUGUCAACAGAUUUAGUUAAUAAAAAUAAAGAAUGCAGUAAUGUGUAUAUUUGACUCUGACCCUUUUUUGAUGUCAUAGGACUCGACCAAUAAACAAGCAGAGAAACAAUGCAUAGGAUAUGCUACAGUACUAUACUGUACUACAGUACUCACUAUAAAUGUGAUAUUUCUAAGGAUUUACACAAAAUUCAUCACACUAUAUUCCUGCAAAUGUUUUUGCUGUGUGUUUAAAGAGUGUGGGAGGAUGAUUUAUGGAUUAAAAAUAAAAAUAAAAGCAUUUUUGGGGUGGCGUCCAUUUAUCACGGAAAUCCGGUUUCACGGUCGGUUUUGGCACGUAACAACCGCGCUAGACAGGGAAGACUGUAUUAUAGCGGUGGUCGUGGUGGUGGGGUGUUCUUUUUUUGAUAGGGUUAUCAUUUUUUUUUUUUUUUUUUAAAGGUUACUAGUUUUUAAGUUUUAUUUAUUUAUUAAAUUUUUUAAAAUAAAAAAUAACCCCAUAUUUUAUUCACAACAGAACAUAAAGAUCAUUAAUGUUUAAACUGGAGAAAUUAUGUUUAAGUGGGGAAAAAAUAAGGUUACUUUGAAUUUGAUGGCCACAACACGUUACAAAAAGGUUGGGAAGGGGGAAACAAAAGGCUAGAAAAAUAGGGGUGACUCAAAAGAAACAUUUUGCAAAUAAUUAGGUUAACUGGCAACAGAUCCGUAUCAUGACAGGGGAAAAAAAUCUUAGAAAGACAGAGUCUCUUUAAGAAGUUAAAGAAGAUAUUUAGACUAUAACUGUUCAGUGUUCCCAGAUGUAUACAGGAUCAUAAACAGUAGUAAACAUGGCCCAGUCCCAACCAAAUUAACUUAUUAAUUUUUUCCUUAUUAUUUCCUUAUUGCACAUUUUCUAAAGCUUUGAUAUGUUUUCUAUGUUUUCUACUAUGAAUAUGAAUAAAAUAUGGGUUUAUAAGAUUGCAUUUAUUUCAUUGUUUUAAUUAAAAUUUUACACAGGGUCCCAAUGUUUUUGGACUUGGGGCUGUAUUUUGCAACGUAAAAUACAUGAUUUGUUAAUAUCAAGCUGUCAAAAGCAAUGAAUGCAUAAUUAAGCUGUUUAGACAUUUAUUAUAGCCAACAUAAUAAUUGGGAGGAAUAAAACAUUGAAAAUGCUUUUUUUUAUUUCAAUGUUUAAUUUCUUUCCAUUUUUUAUGUUAAGCUAUAUACAUUGGUGUGAAAAAAUCCUGAAUUUUUGUCACACGUUUGUCACACUUUAAUGUUUUAGAUCAUCAAACUAAUUUAAAUAUUAGUAAAGGAUAACACAAGCGAACACAACAUGCAGUUUUUAAAUGAAGGUUUUUAUUAUUGAGGGAAAACAAA